CGUCAUUCUGUCAUCUGGGCUUAUGAGUGUCCAGGCUGCCAGGCCAGCUUCCCAUCUCGCCAACGUCUUCGUCUACACCUGGUUACUAACCAACAUGCUCAUCAAGGCCUCCAGCUGGCCCGAUCAGAGGGCCUCCGAAAUGACUUGUUGGUCGGGGCUUCGCUUGGUCUAGGUCAUCUCAAAAUUCAAAGCCCUAAGCCUCGGUUGGCCGAAACUCAUGCCUAUUCUAGCCUUAGUGAGAACCACAAAAGCGCAAGUAGGCUUGACGAGGCUCCGAUGAAAGGUGUUGAGGCAGAGGAACAACGGGCAGUCGAUAUUUCUUCACGGUUAGCUUGUCCAUUAUGCCUGACUGCCAAAGGAGGCGCCCCAGCAGCGCGAUGGUUGCAUCCCGAUGAUUUGGCUGGUCACUUGGCUGAGGUUCAUGCCGUCUGUCUGCCUACAGGACCGCCUGAUUCUGUUGCUGCGGACCAAAGAAAAGAGAGUCUUGGAGAGCGCUGGGUCGAAUUUUCACUGCAUCAAUUUCACCCUGCCGGCAAGUCGGUGACAUCAGCCGGUCCCAGCACCCAGUCAGCAAACGCACCAUCCUUUGUGUCUUCCUCAUCCAACUCGUCCUCGUCUUCAUCAACUUCUCUUCCUCCGUCCUCCGCAUCUUCCCUAUCCUGUGUUAAACUUCGAUUCGGCCCAAACUACAAGAAACAGGUCUCCGUUGCCAGUUCUGAUAGAGCCCAACGCCGAUGUCACCAGCGGACAAAAGCCGCUGAACUGGGAGGAAUGAAGAGAGGAGAGAAAGAGCAGCAGAGGCUUCAGCUUGUCGGCAGGGCCGAGGUUAAAAAAGCAGUGGAAGACAAUGAGGAAGAGGCCUAUGACGAAGAGCCAUAUGACGGAGAGGAAGAAGAAGAGGAGGAAGAUGAGGAAUCUAUGCCCAUUAGCCUGGCCUGCAAGCGCAUUAGUGUGCCCAUCCGUGAAGGUGUUCAGAGACCUAUGCUUUUGCACCUUACCCCAAUGCAGGAGAGCAUGUCCAGCAUUUAG